AUGGAAAAUUCUGACAAGACUCCUGUUUAUCCUGUAAUUCCAAAUACAACUACACAACAAACUACAGUUAAUGAUACAUUACCAACAUAUAAUCAGGCAACAUCUUAUCCACAAACAAAUAUUAAUAAUCUUCAACCUAUAAAUAAUGGAUAUCCACAAGGUGGAUAUAUUGGAAAUCCAAGAAUUGUUACUGUAACACAACCAAAUACCUGUGUUGUUGGAACACAUUGUCAUGAAGCAUGUCGUGAAGAACGUAGAAUACGCCGCCGAAGGAAAGCAAUUAUUUCUUUUACCACUUUUAUACUUUGUUUAAUUAUUUUUUGUAUAAUAUUCUUUUCAACAAGAAGUACUUAA